CCAGUGAGAUACUUGAGAUACGAGUGGAAGGGAUGCUUGUUCCAUACACUGAUCGACCCUGGUUGUCCGAGGCACGAGGAGCCAGAGCUGAGGCCAAGCAUCUACUUUUAUUUAUUUUUAUAAAUCGCUAACGGAUUUCAAUCACCAGGAGAUCAUUUAGACACUUAUAGACUUAAAGAGCACUGAACAACCUCCAGGCAUAACAGUGUCAGGGUGAUAUAACUGUGAAACUGGGCAUCAGUAAGUGUGAGUGUAGAUGAAUUUAUAGAGGAGGAGAUAUUUUUGUUGCAUAGAAAUAGCUGUAAUAAAGAUUAGAAAGCUGCUGAAACCCUGUCACGAAAGUAAAGAGGCAGGUUAAGAUGAAGAGGUACAAGAUGGGGUGAAAUAAUGUCGGCCAGUAUUUGAUUGAUGUCUACACAGACUUUUGCUCUGUGCAUACUCAGAUAGAAAUCAAUAGCUCCACUGAAGCAGUGGAAUUUGCCUUUUAAGAAUUGUAAUUGUUUGCCGGCGAGUGAGCUUCUCGACUGCAGAUAAGGAGAAAAAUGACAUUUGGUCAGUGUACGCCAUGGUCAGUCAUAGUGUAUUUUUUGAAAGUUUUGAAAUAAAUGGAGAUGUGGUCGCUGAUCUGUGUCCAGACAUGUUCACCGUACAUCAACAUCUAUGUGCUCUGGUGCCAUGUAAGAUACGUUUUUCACAAUAACAUGCAGAAAUACAUUCGUACCAUAGUUACAGCUUUAAAAGAUCGUGGAAAAAGUAAUAAUUUGCAUCACAUUUUCUUUGUAUACAAAUACACAUAAACAUGUUUGAUAUCUAUAUAUUUCAGGCAUUUUUCUACAGAGACUUUAACAUUUAAAGAGAUGAUAUUUUUUAUAUUGUGUGGGAUGACUGAGAGGUAUUUUGACGAAAGCUGACAAUCCCUCAAGGUGCGUUUUUUCAGCAGGGUAUAGCAUGAUGAGUUAUUUAUAUAUAGCAACAGGAUGUUGUUUGUAUGGAUGAAAACAAGUGGUUCAGUCAUAUCACUUUAAGAAACUUGACAGAAUGGGCUGCUGUGAGAAGAACAUGUAAGGUAGAGAAGAUUAAAGGCGUAAACCAAAUACCUAGUUGUGCUUUAUCACAUGGUAGAACUGGGGCUGAAUAAAUGCAUGACUGACUCUACACUUUGUCUUGCCAUCACUGUGUUUUUCUAUGCAUUUCUGUGGAGAGGCUGUCUGUUGGUUGCUCCAACAUGCAGCACUCCCCCUCAUUUCCUCAUAUGAAGUCGCUGCAGCCACUUUAAAACUGUCAAAUGUCUACUUUGCUUGGACCAAUCAAAUACGGACAAUAAUACAUUGUAUUUGUAUAGCACUUUAUAAACCAGAGAUUAUAGAGUGUGCCAUCAGGACAAACUGAAUAUAAAGAAACAGACAAUAAGAGACAGGCCAUUUUUGAUCAAUAACAUUUGGAAAGGUACACUGGAGAGCAACAACACAGCCUCUCUUCAUAUUCAGACGGGAGGCAUCACACUUCUAAACUCCACCUCUUUGUUCUCACUGGACACAGAGACUGAAUUCAUGAAUGAAUCACUCUGGAUCAAUGAGUUUUAUGGACUGUCUGAAAAAAGCUUUUGGUGAUAUUUUGUCGUGUUUUCACAAAAUGUUGGAAAAUACCCUGUGAGAAGUAAACACUUUACACUAAAUGUCAGCGUGUCUGUGUAUUUUAUGGACCGAAUGAUUCAAGUUCAGAAAUGGUUGAUUUGAUGUCUUUAGCAUUAACUGUUGUCUUGAAAAAGCAUCUUCACAGUGUCAAGUCUUUGUGAACUGUGAGUUAAAUAGAAGAAAUUAAACCGGCUUCAAGAUCAUCACCCUUAAUCCAAGCUACCAAAACACAGUGUGAUGAAACCUUUCAGAAAGAGGAAUAUCCUACAUGAAAUGGCACCAGCAGCUGCAUCAGUUAAUUGAAGAUUAGUGUGAUGAGAUAGCAGGCUGGCGAUGCUAAAGGCCAUCAGCUGUCUCCAGAAGACAUUCCAAUGAAUUCACAGUGACUCAUCAUGAUCGUACACAGUAAUUAAACGGGCCAAAGCCAAAUCUCCAUGCCUUCAAUGUAGGACAGGGUCACAGGAUAGCAAAUACUGGAAUGUCACAAAAUGGGCAUAGAACAUUUGCAUGGGAAUAGUACAUCUUUAGCUCACUGUUUUCGUAUGCUUGGGCGAGAUGGCAACGAACUCAAAAAAGUUAAAAUGGUAAAGGAAGGUUUCACCGGGCAGCUCUCAGGAUAUGUAAAUGGCAAAAAAAAUUGCUGAAGAAAAAAAACUUGUUUUUAAUAACUUGGCAAUAAUCAUUGGCAUUAUUGUCAAUGUUAGCAGUUAAAACAUUAUUAUAUUCACAAUAAAAUGAAUGUAUUGUAAUGCUCAUCAUAUUCUGAACUAACUCCAGUGACAGGUCUAUAAACCAAUGGGCAUAGUUUGGAAAACAAAUUGAUGUUACAUCUCCUGUAGCUACACUGAGUUAAGUCAGUCAGUAGUUGGAUCCUUGAAAAAUAAGUAUUUUUUGUUGACUAUAGUCUAAUUAACCUACAUUAACCCUGCUUGUAACAGUUCAUUCAAAUGCUUUUCCAUCUCCUUUUGUAAGCCUUCACAUUUUCAUCAAUUAGUAUGCAUAGCAACAUGCAUCAUGCAUGAACUGCUCAUUUAUUACAUGUUUUGUGCAUGGAUGCUAGGUGUAAUUACUCUUGCAGUGUGUGUUUAGAAUGCUGUCGGCUACAAUGAGAUGCUAUGAUUGGCUGCGGUUCACCAUCAGUAGCUUUGAAUUAAUAUAGUGGGACUUUAAUACUCCUCUUCUCUCAUUAUGAUGCACUUUUGUUACAUUGUAAUCCAACUCCUGCAAAAUCCUGGGCCACUUACAGCACCUUCUUGUGAUGCAUGAUCAGGCUCUCCUUUUUCUCUCCACAUCAGACAAGCCGAGUGAUGUUGCUUUUUUAAAACAAUACAACUAAAAACAAAAAGGCGUUGCCGUUUACGUGUGACAAAAUUGGGGUUGGAAUUGGCUGUAUGUUAAGGGGCUCAAGCUAAAAUGUUGCAGAUGGCUCUCCAUACAUGGAGCCAGCUACAAUCAGCCUGUAGCAAUAUUGUCUAAACGCACCCACUCCAAGGGCAAACACAGGGUGCGUUUGUUUUAACGCACAGCUCAUCCGGAUGGAGAACGUUCCAUCCGCAGGAGAGCUGUAAUCGCGUCCCCGCCCAGUCGUGCUGGUCGUGCUGUAACAACAAUGCGGCUUCUCAGUCGGUCACGUUACAGGGAAGAAAAAGGAAAGAAAGUACGAAGAGAGAUAAAGCAAAAACAAACGACAGUGAUUUUAUCUAUAUGACAGGCGGUGGCGUCUUUAUCUCCAGGGACAGAAAAAGCCAAAAGAAGAUGGAGACAUUUUAAGUAAUGAGCUUCAGAUGUGACAAGAGGACAGUGGUGGCUAUGAGAUAAACACGUGUAUAAACAACCAGCUGAGGAAAAGUAGGAGGGAUGAAGCUGAACGAACGCAGCGUGGCGCACUACGCCACCUGUGACUCACCGCCAGACAAGACAGGCUUCCUGUUCAAAAAGGGUGAGCGCAACACAGCGUAUCACCGGCGCUGGUUUGUCCUGAAAGGAAACAUGCUCUUCUACUUUGAGGAGCGCGAGAGCCGAGAGCCCAUCGGUGUCAUCGUCCUUGAAGGAUGCACCGUGGAGCUGUGCGAGUCAGCCGAGGAGUUCGCCUUUGCCGUCAAGUUUGACUGUGCCAAAGCCCGGGUGUACAAGAUGGCUUCUGACAACCAAGCAGGCAUGGAGUCGUGGGUGAAAGCGUUGUCGAGGGCCAGCUUUGACUACAUGAGGCUGGUGGUGAAGGAGCUGGAGAGGCAGUUGGAGGAGAUCCAGGAGGCAGCAGGAGGAGACUGCGUCGGGGCUGGAGGCCUGCAGGGCAGGUCCAAGCCCUCCAGGAGACACCAAGUUUCACGGUCCAGAUCAGGAGCAUCCUCUUCUUCAUCUUCAUCAUCUACAUCCUCCUUAUCCUCAUCAUCAGGGGCCCCUCCCAUGGCAGUCAACUAUUCUGCCCAGAGGAGCAUCCAGGAUGAGGUGCAGCUCAUGUCUGAUUGUCCCAAGGAGAACGGAGUUGCGUGGAGUAAACCAGCAGUCUCAUUGGCUAACGGCUUUGCUGAGGAAGCGUCCUCCUGUGCGGCCUGGGAGGCCUGCUCAGACUCUGGGAGUAACAGUGGUCCAGGGGCGAGGGCUCCACCGGUGCCACGCAGGAGACGAGGAGCCUCUCUAGAAAGCCCCGUCUCCCCUGGCACCGGCUGCUUCUCCAAACUCCAUGACUGGUACGGCAAAGAGGUGGAGGAAGUGAGAGUGCAGUGGCUGCAGAGCAAGUGAACUUAUUGAGAUAGGUUAUCUCUUUUUCCACAGUUUUAUUAUUCCUUCCUGAUCAUUCUGCGACCCAACAGACGAGCGACAAAACUGAGACCUUUUUUGCACAUUGCAGUCUUAUCACAGAUAAAAAAAGACAAAUAGAUUACGAGAUUGAUUCCAUAUCUUGGCUGGCACAGGGGAAUCAAUCUUUCUUAAACAUUAACACUAUCCAUUGUACAACGCAACACAUUUUAAUCACAGUAUGCUAACAGGUUUGAAUGUCAUUUGCCAAGGACAAUUAUAAAUAUUUGACAAUUAAAAUGGUAAUCAUUUAUUAAAAGCAUCAGUUUUUCUGAUGCGACACUUAAUUUAGAACUACGCUGUUUUAUUUUUACAUUGCCAAUUUUAAAGAGUUCUUCUCCCUUCCUCUAGCUUACACAUAUUCCAAACAUAUGCAAUUGUAUUGGGGUCAGAUCUCAUUAAAGCUAAAGCAACCUUGAUAAAGUAUGUUCUCUAUAUGCAAAAUCUGGUGCUAAGCAACUGAAAAUACAUAAAAAUAACUGCUUAAAUCACCACAUUAAGGUUUAUUAUUGAUCCUAGCCCGUGAUGGUAACAGUGUGUUCUAUGCAAAUGAAAUAAAGAAGGCCACACAAGUAACAAUCUGGAGACAUUGCGUAAAAACAAAUCCUAAUCCAUGGAUCAGGUUGCUAUAGUCACACGUUAUCUGAAGCAUACAGAGGAGAAAGAUAAGAGGACAUCCUGUUGCUUUAAGAUUGAUGAUGAAAUAAAGAAAGAGCACUGUUUGUACAGCUGAUGACAUUUUAAUAAUCUCAUGGCAAAGGCACCAAGACAAUUAACAUCAAUCCAGCUUCCUGUAACUUUGAGAUAAGAAGUAGUGUCAGGGAACACCAGACCAGUUUCCGCUCCGUUCUCCGAGUGCAGCACAUCUCGACCGAGAGAAGUUGCGGCGGCUAAGGUCAUCCUCUAGACAGUGGCCGUGGUGGAGCUGCAUGUCUCGCUCAGAGCUACACACUGGUAUUUUUAGCCUCUGUUAGCUUGCGGCCAGAUGAUGCUGUGUCACAAGAGUACGUGUCUGUCACUUAGUUCUCGUUUGACUCUUGGAUUUCAUAGAAGGAGAUGUUUUGUCUUGUCUCGCAGGAGUUUUUUAUUUGCCAUAGUUAUUAUGUUAUAAUUCCUUUUUUUACAAUCAAAUCAUUUUAAUUCAGUCAUACAGUGUGUUGUGACCUGUAUGUGAACAUUUAACCUCUUGGUUAUAUCAAUAUUUUACUCUUCCAUGUUGGAAAAUAACACCAGCAGUCUUGGGCCUUUUUUAAAUGAUUGUGUUACUAUAAUUAUUUUGUAUUUCUAUAUUCAAUCACAAAGCACUCUUGAUUUAUAUUUGCCUUAUGUUAACUUUAUAACUCUGGUAUUGUUCUUGCAACCAUUGCCACUGUGUUGAGAGGGUUACUGUACUGCUGCUAUUCUUUCUUCCUUCCUUCCUUCCUUUUUUUCUUUCUUUCUAUCUUUCUUUCUUUGCAAAGGCUCUUGUAAUCACUUUUGACAAGUCUGCAUCAUUGCACAGCGCUAUCGUUUCUCUUAUACACUUGACGUGUAUAGAAAUGACAAUGUGGGGAGUAGUGGUAAAGUGUGGAGGUUUUUUACAGCAACAUCAAAGUGGUAUGCUCUUGACAUGAUUUCAACAAAAUUAUACUCGUGCCAAUUUGAUGAACUCCAGAAGAGCACUACUGUAAUUAUAGAUGACAAAAGUCGUUUUUUAAUAAUAACAAUAUGUAAAGAAAUGUGUCAAAUGAACCAUAUCAUUAUUUAUUUGUAGUGCCAACAGAGAAAUGCAAUCUAAAUUCACAUUAUUAAGAUGGUCAAGGCUCUCUUUCUCUAUUGAAUUCCUCAAUCGUAGUCAAGUAUUAUCAAGUGUUAUAGUUCACAAUAUGAGUAUUAUUUUAAAUAACCAAUAAUGUUGUGGAUUUGACACAUUUUUCUGAUAUGGUACCAUGAAAAGAGGUUUGUUUAUAAAUAAUUGAAUGUAAACCCUUAAAUAAACAGUGUUAUGAUGUGAACAG